AUGGCGAGCUAUUCCCGCUACCUGCUCCGCAUGCUGCCCGUGCGGCGCUGGCCGCUGCAUGGCUUUGGCCCCGUCUGGCUCAGUGGGCCGCAAUCGGCUGGCGAGGCCCUCUGGCCGGCAGCCGGGCAAAGCUUCGUCGACCGGGUCGCAGCCGACGUGGAGAGGCAGUUCGUGGAAAUGGAGGCGAUGAGCAGGGCCUUCUUCCAGGCCUCGCCACUGCAGAAGUUCCUGCGGGAAGCGUCGCCGGAGGAGAGCGUGGCUCGGGACGGCGAGGCGGGCGGAAAGUUUCGCCUCUCGGUGGACGUGGACGGCUUUGCGCCGGAGGAUGUGGCUGUGCAGCUGGACGGCAGGAAGCUGACGGUGACCGCCAAGCGGCUGCGUGAGAAGACAAGCGAGGAGGGCGGCUGCGUGAGGGAACACCACGAGGUGCACCGCGAGACUCUUCUCCCCGCCGACGUGGACCUCCAGGCCGUGACGUGCUCCCUGGCAUCCGACGGGCGGCUGUGCAUCGAGGCCCCUCGUCUGGCUGAGGCAAAAGCCAUCCCCAUCGACGUGAAGGCGGCCGACCAGCAGGUUCCAGGAACCAGCGCAGAGGAGAACCCGGAGAAGCCGCAGGAGGCUUGA